AUGGACAAUACAACAGCAAAAAACACGAUCGAUAAUGCCAACAACGCGAAUGCUGCAACCACAGCGACGGUUGGUAAUAAUGAAGCUGUUGUCAAUAGCAAUAGCGGUGGCGUUGGUGGCGGACGUAGCAGCGGCAGCAGCAACAACCAGAACAACGGCAAUCACAGCAGUAGCACACACAAUAGCAGCGGCAACGGUAGCAACACACAACACAACAGUGGCUGCAGCAACAGACACAUGAAAACGAAUAUGAGCGGCAUCAGUGUGCCGACACUGCCCGCAGCAGCGCUACCCCUCUCAGCAACAUCCGUAGGCAGCACACCGCCGAACAGCGCAGAAGCGACAAAUACCAACAAUUUCGCUUAUUACACGGGCGCCGCUGAAACAGUGGCAGCAACGGCUGGUACAACAGCAACGCAGCGUCACGCUGUCGCAGCAACGCCACCACUACCACCACCAUCACAAACGUUGCCGCCAUCAUCUGCUGCGGCGGCCUCAUCAGCAACAGCGCAUUAUCCACCGCCACACCAGCAGCACUAUGCCACGGGCAACGCAGUGGCGCCACUAUCGGAUGCCUUUCACCACCAGCAGAUGCAGCUACAGUUGCAACAACAAUACGAGCAGCAUUAUCAACUGCAAACGGCCUACUAUCACCAGCAGCAGCAGCCGCCACCAACAUCGCAGUCACAGCAAGAAGACCAAUCAACAACGUAUGUGGCGCCACAACAGCCGUCUACACAAUACCAACAUGCGGCGGCCGCAACAACAACAGUAAAUCAACAUGCAGCGCGCAGCAAUAGACAAGCAACGACGUCGACAGCCACACACCACGCAAUGAACACAUCACAAGCAGCACCAACAACACAGCAGCAGCCACCCGCAGCAAUGGCACACGCGUUGACACACACCACACAGCAACAACAACAACAGCAGCAGCAAAUAUACCCCACAGCUAUGUUGGCAAUCGCCACCGCACCGCCACCGUCCACAACAUACGGUGUUAGCGGUGGCAGCGGUGCUUCGGCGCCUUUGGCCAACAUAAGCACCGUUAAUGCCACACAAAACGUCAAUGUGAUUUCGGCAGCGCCGAUCGUGGUGGAAUUCAGCAAUUUCCAACUGAAUUGUAUGCGCACAACGGCCACAACGACGACAAAUGGUGGCGCUUCAGCAGCAGCAGCAGCAGCGGCAGCAAUGGUCGCCACAACGCAAGCGAACAGUGACGCGAAUCGCGGCUUGGCGGGCGGCGUUAUCGGGCAAGCGAACACACAACACCAUCAUCAUCGCCACCACCAUCACUAUCACAAUGCUGCGGUGGCGGGCAACAUGCAUGCGCAUGCACACCAACAAGCGCUGCUGCAACAGACACAACCGCAGCAGCAACAACAACAACAACAGCAGCAUCCACAUCAGCACCAACACCCGCUGCAAUCGGAUGCAACGCUGGCCGACCGACAACUGCUGCAGCAUCAGCAAUAUGCGCAGCAGCCAACACAGCCACUCCAGCAACAUGCCACACAUUACGGCUAUCACCAGCCGCAUCAUCACCACCAUCAUCAGAAUGUGCGGCACUACCAUCAUGCGCCGCCGCCACCACCAGCGCCGCUGUAA